CAAUGGAGUUUUUUUUGCGGUCACUUCUAAACUGCACGCAUGCAGGCCUAAAAUGUGUUUUUCUGUUCUGACAAUUGUCGAUGCUACAUUUUCACUCGCCCUCUUGUCUGGAGGAAAUAAAGAGGUGGCUGCAGGUGAACGUUGUUGUAUUUGCAGAGCGGCACCGAUUUACGCGCUCUGUUCAGAAUCUCCUGGAAACUGGCCGCUGUAGCUCUCCCGUUUUGUGCAAACAGUGAAACCAAUGACUUGGUGCGCCGCAGGGUCACAUGGUGUCAGAGGGACACACCUGUGCGGAGCCCGCGGGGGCCUUGCAGUUGCGCCACAGGUGCGUAAGAGCUGAAGGUCCACGCCGAGGCAGGAUCGCAGGUACGCAGCCUCGGGUCCUCUCCAACCAUGAAUCGGGAAGACCCCUUCUACCCUUCUCAGGUUUUUAAAGACUCCUGCGCCUACCAGAGAUCCCCGGGAGAUGACUACAGUCCGCCGCCCUGCCUCUACAUGAGCAGGCAGGUGCACUCCGUUUUCACGCCGCCGUCCCUGGGGACCCUGGAGCAGGCCAGCCUUCCCGACGUCGCUCCUGCUGCUUUCACCAUGCCCGGCAUGCGGGAGGAUCCGGGCGUGCCACCGCUCCACCACCCGCAGGGCCUCCAGCAGCAGCCAACACUCCAGCCUCCGGGCUAUAUAGACGCAGGAGAGCAGAACAGAUAUCACCUCCCUUUCCCCUGGAUGAAGACCACCAAAUCCCACUCGCACACCUGGAAGGGCCAAUGGACAGGGUCUUACGUGAUGACCGAGGCAGAGGAAAACAAGCGCACGCGGACCGCGUACACGCGCGCCCAGCUGCUGGAGCUCGAGAAGGAGUUCCUCUUCAACCGCUACAUCUCGAGGCCGCGGCGCGUGGAGCUGGCACUGACCCUGAGCCUCACCGAGCGCCACAUCAAAAUCUGGUUCCAGAACCGGCGCAUGAAGUGGAAGAAGGAGGAGGACCGGAGGAGGGCCAGGGGGUCUGAGCCGGACCAGGACUCUUCCAUCACCUCUGGGGAUCAGGGAGAGACUGCGGGGGCAGGGGUGUCUUCCUCGAAUGGACCUCACACCAGCACGCCCCCUGUUUCCCCACUGCAUGGCCACACGUUGUCCGCGUCGGGGUCCAGAGAACCAGCAUAGACGUGGACAGCACUCGCUCUUAAUUGGAUUAUAUA